AUGCAAAGCGGUCGUCCUCAAGGACGUCGUCAAGCGGGUUUAGUUGCAGGAAAUCAAUAUAUGCAACCGCAUACACAAACUAACCAACGCGAAAAUACCCGCUGUAGACCACCAAUAGUUCAGCCGUUGAAACAACAAAAUGUUCAAUCGUCACGACAAACCAUGCUUCAAGCAUCUCGACAAAGUAACCUAGUUAGACAAGUACCCAUAACACCUGGCUCACGUGCAUCGAAUAUAGCUCUGCCCAGACGGAUUUUAGCUCGUGCGUUACAUCAAGAAAAUUAUGAAAAUAGCAAUACUGAAAACAGAUUACCAAACAAUUAUUCGAUUAAACAAGCAUGCGAAUUUUAUGGUUAUGAUUAUGAUGCUCUUGUUCAAGACAAAAAACGAAUUAAAUAUACUGGUGCUGGUUUAAUCGUUAUGGAGCAAACAGAAGUUGAUGAAGCAUUGUUGAAAGGUAUUGAUGUUAAAUUUGGUCUGUAUUAUUAUAAAUAUGUAAGAAUGCCUGGAGAAGAAUUGCCGGACAAUAUUUUUUCCCGUUUAACAGUACCAGUGCGUAUUGACCAAACGGAGCACGCCGCUGCACAACGAUUAUCUAUUAUGCCACGUUCUUCAAGAGCACAACGACAAACAACAAGAUUUUUAGAUUGUUUCAAAGAUAAAACAAAUCCAGUGGUCCCAGGAACCGAGACUGAAUUAGCACCAGCAUCUCUGGCAUCAAUACCAAGUGAAUCGAUUCCAAUUUUAUCAUCCCAUAUUGUUUCUCACUAUCCACGUUCUCCAACUGUCAUAGGUAUUAAUGAAGAGGCAUCACGUUCUCCAAGUUUUCGUUAUUCGAAACGAAUUACAUCAACAUCAGCAUUAUCAAGAAUGAAUAAUAAUCAUACUGCUAUGAAACGUUCACAGACACAACUAUUAGAAAUAAAUGAACAAGAAUUUGUUCGUGAUGAAAAAAUUAAACGUAUACGAACCAAAUGGGAUUUAUUCUAUCAAAGAGCAAAAAGUUAUCUGGAUAAAAUCGAAAAUGUUGCUGAUAAUACAUUGGAACAAAAUUUGCUUGAUAUUAAAUUAAAUUUAUUUGCAACAUUAACUGAAAAUAUUGACGUUUUAUUGAAAAAUGGUGAAAUUUGA